AAAACAUCCCUCCGACGGGGCACGGCGUCCUUACUGCAUCAUGGGGUGCAGAGCGCUGUGUGUGACUCUGCUCGCCCUCCUCGCAGGAUCCUACGCCCAGCCGCCAUGCACCUUGAUCACUCCCAGCGUCCUGCGCAUCGAGAGCCAGGAGACCAUCGUGAUUGACGCUCAGCUGCAGAGCGCCGCGUUUGACGCGGAAAUCUUAAUUCAAGACUUUCCUCAGAAGAAAACCAUUUACAGCCAGACCAAGGUGUCGUUGAACAGCGCCAACGGGUUCCUGGGGAAGGCCAGCCUAACGAUUCCCGCUAAAGAUUUUGAGAAAGACCCAGAGAAGAAGCAGUUUGUCUACGUCAUUGUGAAGUCUCCAUCUUGUCCUCUGGAGAGAGCUGUGCUGGUGUCAUUUCACAGCGGAUACAUCUUCAUACAGACGGACAAGCCGCUCUAUACCCCCGGAUCUUCUGUUCUCUAUCGGAUUUUCACCACGGGACACUCCAUGCUUCCUGAUUCACGCACAGUUGAUGUGGAGAUUCAUAAUCCAGAUGGUAUUGUGGUUCAUAAAAUCCAGUUCUCAUCCACAGACAAAAGCGGGAUUGUGUCGAGGAGUUUCCCCCUUCCUGAGAUUGCUAACGUGGGAACAUGGCGGAUCAUUUCUAGAUUCCUAGUGGCGCCUCAGAAAAUCUUCCGGACGGAAUUUGAAGUCAAAGAAUACGUGUUACCAAGCUUUGAAGUCUCGCUGCAUGCCGAUCAGAACUUUUUCUAUGUGAAUGACAAUGAAUUUUCUGUGGAGAUUACUGCCAGGUUCUUGCAUGGAAAUCCGGUGGAAGGUUCUGCGUAUGCGAUAUUCGGAGCGCUGAUUGGCAACGAGAAGAAGAGCAUUCCAGACAGUUUGACAAGAUUAACAGUUACAAACGGGAAAGCAACGGCCACGCUGAAGCGUACCGACAUCGUCAGACGGUUCCAUGACAUGAACACGCUCUUGGGGAACUACCUGUACGUUACUGUCACAGUCACAACUAAUGCAGACACAGACAAGGUGGAAGCUGAAAUGUCCGGGAUCCCCGUGGUGAAGACACGGUUCAAGUUAGAUUUUUCCAAGACCUCAAAGUAUUUCAAGCCUGGUUUGUCCUAUAGACUAAUAGCAUCUUUGCUGAACCCUGAUGGUUCUCCUGCACCAGGAGUUAAGGUCUGUCUAAGCGAUGGAAGCUGUUCAAAUACUUUGAAGGAUGGGACGGCUCCAUUUAAUAUCAACAAUGUUGAGGACAAGCCAGAUAUGAGAUUUGAGGUCCAGACUAAGGCGGACAACGUUCCCGAACACCGCCAAGCAACGGGCUCGCUCACGGUGCAGGCGUACAAACCGCAAAGCGCGUCAGGGAAUUAUCUUCACAUUGCUGCGCAGGGAUCUCAGGUCGAGCUAGGGAGUACCCUAACCGUUCAUUUCUAUUUCAAGAACGCGAAUAUGGACGUUCAGGAACAAAUCAAACACGUCACCUAUCUGAUCUUGAGCCGAGGAAAGAUCGUGGACGUGGGAAGAGAGGCUCGGCUAGCAGGCCAAGUUGUUGUUGCAAAGACAUUGACUAUCAAGGAGGACUUCGUCCCUUCCUUCCGUAUUGUGGCUUAUUACGUGGCCACCCAGUCCGGCAAUGAGAUUGUAUCUGACUCUGCCUGGGUGGAUGUAACAGAUUCUUGCAUACGAAAGGUUGAAAUUUCCCAGGACAAGAGUAAAAUACAGGAGCCAGGGACCAUUCUUAAUCUCAGGAUCACAGGAGACCCCGGAGCUAACGUUGGACUGGUGGCGGUGGACAGGGCCGUUUAUGUCCUCAGCAGAAAAAACAGGUUGUCACAAUCCAAGGUUUGGAAAGAGGUGGAGCAGAGUGACCUUGGUUGUUCUCCAGGAGGAGGCAGGAAUAAUGAGGGAGUCUUUACAGAUGCUGGGCUUUCUAUAGAUACCACCACAGGUCUUAAAAACCCAACAAGAACGGAGCUGCGAUGUCCCGAAGCGCGGAGGAGGAGGAAACGUUCUGUUAUCCUUACAGGAGCACAAGCUGAAAAAGUGAAGCAAUAUCAAGAUGGCCGUCUGCGUCAGUGCUGUGUGGACGGGAUGCAGAAGAACCUCAUGAAAUACUCAUGCGCGCGACGCGCUACGUACGUCAUGGAUGGUGGUGAUUGCGUAGCGAUCUUCCUGGAGUGCUGCAAAUUCGUCUUCGAGCCAGUAGUGGUCAGAGGCCGAAAAAGACCACACCACCAUCGUUCAUCGAUUUUGCUCACCGGAGAAGCUGCAACCGAAGAUGAUGACGAGGAAUACAUCGAAAUGAAGAACAUUCUAUCUCGAAGCAUCUUCUCCGAGAGCUGGCUAUGGAGGGUGGAUACCCUGCCCAUGAGCACAGAUCGUGAUGGGUAUUCAUCCAAGUCCAUCCCAGCGUCCCUCCCGGACUCCAUUACCACCUGGGAGUUUUUGGCGAUCAGCAUGAGUCCUACUUCAGGUAUCUGCGUUGCUCAGUCGCUUAACGUCACGGUCCGGAAAGACUUCUUCAUUGACCUGCGUCUUCCCUAUUCCGUUGUGCGUAACGAGCAAGUGGAAAUCAGGGUCGUCCUGUACAGCUACGUGAAGCAAGAGGUUGAGGUGCUGGUGGAUCUGAUUUACAAUAAGGACAUGUGCAGCUCAUCAACGCGGGAGAACAAUUUCCGUCAGGUGGUGAAACUGGACGCUGAAGGUUCUAUCGUUAUCCCGUUCGUCAUUGUGCCUCUUACGAUCGGGGAGUUGCAGGUAGAAGUGAAGGCGUUGGUCAGAGACAUCUUCUACUCAGAUGGAGUGGUCAAAACAUUGAAGGUCGUGCCUGAGGGGAUGAGGAUCGUCAAAACCAUCCAGAGCAUCGUCUUGGACCCACUACGUUCCGAGAACGCUGAAGGAGUCCAGAGAGUGAUUAUUGAUGCCGUCCCACUGAAUGACAUUGUCCCCAACACUGAGCCAGAGACCUAUGUCAGCGUGAAAGGAGACCUUCUGGGGGAGACCCUGGAGAAUUCAAUUGACGGCUCAAACUUGAACCAUCUGAUCAUGGUGCCUUCAGGUUGUGGAGAGCAGAAUAUGAUGUCAAUGACUCCAAGUGUGAUAGCCACACAUUAUCUGGAUGCCACUGGCCAGUGGGAUAAAAUCGGGAUCAACCGGAGAGAGGAGGCCAUCAAAACCAUUCAACAGGGAUAUGGUCAGCAGCUGGUGUACCGGAAAUCUGACAACUCAUACUCAGCCUUUACCAACAGACCUUCCAGCACUUGGCUCACUGCCUACGUUGUGAAGGUUUUUUCCAUGGCAUUUAAGUUAAUUUACAUUGAAAGAGAUGUCCUGUGUGGGGCUGUGAAGUGGUUGAUCCUUAACAAACAAUUACCCAAUGGGGCAUUUCAAGAGGAUGCCCCUGUCAUCCAUGGUGAGAUGGUGGGAGGUUCUGGUAGAACCGAACCAGACGCUUCUCUGACCGCGUUUGUCCUGAUUGCUCUAGCAGAGUCGGAAGAACAUUGUAAAGCAGAGGUGCCGAAUCUGACGGGCAGCAUCGCCAAAAGUGCCGAUUAUUUGGAGGGCCGACUUAAAAACCUGAAAAAGCCGUACACUGUUUGUAUCGUGUCCUAUGCGCUCGUCCUGGUGGGAAAGCUACAAGAUCACAGUCAGCUGAUGAAGUCUUCGUACGGUUCCACUCAUUGGGCAGAUGCCUCCUCUGACCUGUAUGUAAUAGAAGCUACUUCAUAUGCCCUGCUUGCCCUCCUCAAACUCGGCCGGUACCACCUGGCUGCGCCAGUCGUGCGUUGGCUGACCGAGCAGAGGUUUUAUGGAGGAGGAUACGGUUCCACACAGGCCACCAUAAUGGUGUUUCAAGCGCUCUCCGCGUACCAGAUGGAAGUCCCGCUUAUGAAUGACAUUAAGAUGGAUGUGUCCCUCAGUCUGCCGGGGAGAAGGGAAACAUUAACUUGGAGGAUUAAUCAAGACAAUUACAUGCUCCGUCACAGCGAGAAGACCUCGAUUACCGGCAAGAUUUCGGUGUCCGCAUUGGGGAAAGGACAAGGCACGCUGACGGUCAUGUCCGUGUACUACGCACCCAUGGCUGAAGGAGCUGUCUCGUGCAAGAAUUUCGAUUUCUCGGUCACCCUCGAGGAUGCGCCAAACGAAAAGAAGCCUGAUGGUGUCUUGAAAUCCAUGUACCUUAACAUCUGUAUGAGGUUCCAAGGAAUCACAGAUUCUACGAUGACCAUUGUGGAUGUGUCUUUUCUCACUGGGUUUAAACCAGACAUGGAGGAUCUCAAUACGCUGACAAACAGAGUGGAAAGAUACAUAUCAAAGUUUGAGAUGGAUACAGAACUUUCAGACCGCGGUUCCCUCAUUAUCUACCUGGACAAGGUGUCCAGAUCAGAGGAUGAAUGCCUGAAAUUCAAGAUCCACCAGCAUUUCGAGGUUGGAAUUCUGCAGCCGGCGGCGGUCACCAUAUAUGAAUACUAUUCCCUGGAAAACCGCUGUACCAAGUUUUACCACCCGACCAAGGAACAGGGGGAGUUGAAAAAAAUUUGCAGAGGUGCCGAGUGUCACUGCGUGGCAGAAAGAUGUAAUUUAAAGAACAGCCACAAGGGGAAACUGGAUUAUAAAUCACGCGUGGAUGCGGCAUGUGAGGCUGGAGUAGAUUUUGUUUAUGAAUGCAGGCUGGAAGAAAUAGACAAAAGUGGAGCAUAUGACGUCUACACCAUGACGGUCACCAAAGUCAUUAAGCUGGGUUCCGACGAGAUAAAAGAGGCGAGCAAACGCAACUUCUUCAGCCACCGGAGCUGCAGAGACACCCUAAAACUGGCCAAGGGCCGCUCGUACAUCAUAUGGGGGCGUAGCGAGGACAUUUGGGAAACGAAAAAAGAGAAAUCUUAUGUGAUCAACGGUGGGUCCUGGAUAGAGGAGAUACCCACAAACGAAGAUUGCGCCAAGACGAUGUCCGCCCUCUGCGAGGAAAUCUUCAAGUUUAGCGACGAUUUGGUGCUAAUCGGCUGCCCUCACUAAACCCAGACUAGUUCUAGAAAAACAUAGCUUCAGAAAACAUGUAAAUAUUCACAAUAAGGAACAAAAUAUUCUAAACCUUUUUUAAUAGCAUUAAUAAAUGAACGUAUACCUCCAAGUAUUGCAUAUUUCAAGGGACAUCUAAUAGGUUGGAUGGUAUAGGCCUGAAACACAUAUACAUCGUGUAUACUCACAGAUGCAAAUAUAACAUGUUCAUGUUGUUUAUAUGAAGGUAAUCUAGUACACGCCUAUAAAGAAUACACCUUGACAUGCUACAUUCCUUUAACAUGCCUUGUGACACACACACAUACUAACACUGCGGCGAGGAACUGUGUAAAUUGUAUAUUUUCUGUUGUGCAGUUUCUGUAAAAUGUAUUUGUUCUACAUUUUUAAUAAACGCUCGUUUUCAAUA